GGUUUCCUUAUGCUGUUUUGUUUUCAUGUAUAUUUGAAAUUUUUCUUAAUAAAAAGUUAAAAAUACAUUGUUAGAUUAAAAAGGUAAGUUAAAAAGAAGCUGUAAUAAAAGUAAACUAAAUUACUUCUUUAUGUUGUGAAUCUCCAUGUUGUGGAAUGCUUUGCUUACGGUUUUUUGUUUUGUUUUGUUUUGUUUUAAACUAUGCUUCAAUCAUUUAACAGGGUUUGAAGACAGAUUAGACAGAGGAACAUCAGCAUCACAGCCUUUGAAUGUCAUCACAACCCCUCUAAGCAGUGUUUCAUAUGAAGAUGAUUUUGUCUCUUCAGGGAGUGGGACUUUGACAGAAAAAAAACCAGCUCUUGAAUCUAAUAUUGGUGGUAGCAAUUUAGGCACUCAGGAGGACCAUUCUAGCCGAAAGCCUGCCUAUGACCUUUCUUGUGUGGAUGUUACCUCUCAGCAUUCAUCAGGAGCCCAGUCUGCUGCAUCAUCUCAUUCAUCUAAUUCCAAAGGAAAGAAAGGAAAAAAGGAAAAGAUAGACUGGUUGGAUUCAUUCACUGGAAAUGUACAGAAUUCACUUAUUGAUGAGGAAAAAGUACAGUCUGGCUCAGAACAUGGUUCCCAUCAAGGAAAGAAAUCUGGUACUAGUAGCAAACGUUCUGUUAAAGAAUAUGAACAGAUUCUUGACACUGAAAGCACCUUGGAGGAACUUUCUGGGCAUUCCAUGAGGUAAAGUAAUGUAUAUUUUAUACUAUAUUUGUAUAUAAUUAAAAUUACAAUUGUUGUCCAAAGAAUCCAUUUGGUAAAUUUCUGUGCAUGUCUGAGCUACUGUAAAAUUCUGUAUUUUCUGAGUAGACUUUGUAAUGUUAUUAAUGGCUGUAAACUUUAUGUUGUAGAAUAUGGUCAUCUUUCACUUCAACUAUUAUAACUUCUUCUUCAGGAAUUCCCCUGCCUUAAGCACAAAUCCCCUUUUUCUUUAAAAGCCAUUGCUGUAGUGUUUUUGCCAUUUCUCCAAGCAUCUGCCUUUCUUGGGGUGCUUUGAAAGGCCGGUUACCCAUACAUCAACUCUAGCAAUUUAAUUCUACUUGGAGUGUUUACACUGGUCUACCACAAGCUAUCUUUUUUUUCCCCUCCAAUUUUGCUUAUCAGUUCUAAUUCUCCCACUCUUUUUGUGGGGGGGCAGUACUGGGGUUUGAACUCGGGACCUCACACUUGUUAGGCAGGCACUCUACCACUUGAGCCAUACUCCAGCCCUCUCCCACUCUUUAUUUUAUAGUAUCCUUUUGGUCUCACUGUUGAAAUUAUUUACUUCUUUAAGCUUUUCCCUCCUACUCAGUUUAUUAGACCACUCAAGCAGAUUUUGAAAUCUCAUUCUUACACUGAUCACAGAACUUGCAUACUCUGUAUUUUUUCUUUUAAAUCUUUAGUAUCACAUAUCACCUACUUAGCCUCUUACUUACAAACAAGCUUAUCUCUGCUUCCUGUGCAGUUCCUGCUCCUCUGUCCACAUGACUUUAGUCUGUACACAGUUUCUUUCCUUCCGGAAAUUGAGGUUCUGAGA